ACCAGAAACCCGUAAAAUGAUACUGCAAAAUGGCGUCUACUAUCCUGAAGAUGUUGCGUUUGUUUGGGUUAAAACCAUGUGUUGUCCCCACUCAGAUUAAGGCUGUUUUACACCAUCAGUAUAUGAACGCAGAACUGGAUGCAACCAAUAUAUUCGUGCGAUAUUUCUCCUCGAGUCUUAAUUAUGGCAACAAGGCUGACGAUUAUAACUGGGGCGGGAGAUUGGCUAUCCCCAUGGAUCGCCUGACAGUGACGUACAGCAGGAGCAGCGGACCGGGCGGGCAGCACGUGAACAAAGUCAACACAAAGGCAGAAAUCCGGUUUCAUGUACAGACAGCAGACUGGAUUCCGGAUGAUGUUAGGAAUAAGAUCAUCAUCCAGAAUAAAAAUCGCAUCAACAAAGUGGGCGAGUUGUUGGUUACAUCCGAGGCAAGUAGAAGUCAACAGCAAAACCUGAAUGACUGUUUGCAGAAAAUCCAAGACAUAAUUGCAGAAGCCAGCCAGAAGCCACAUGAACCCACUGAAGAGGAUAUUGCCAUAAGGAGGGCAAGGCUGGAUUAUAUGAACAAGGAAAGGCUAAAACAGAAGAAGAUUCACUCAGUCAUAAAGCAGAGCCGGAAAGUGGAUUUUGACUGAAGGAGAGUUCCACAGAUAGCCAUUGCACUCUACCUCAUUGCAUUCUGCAGUAAGGUGCACCUGGACUAAUGCCAUUGUAGCUGAAAAUAUAUAUUGCGGAAUUGUGAUUUUUAAUGGUAUGUUUUUUUCUGAAAUAAAGAAUAUGUGCAUCAUUAAAA